AUGAAGGGCGCUUUCGCCCGAUACUGUGUUAUGGGCGCCCGGGCGUCGCAAGCGCUCCGCAACCUGAAUGAGGAGGCAGACACGCCGACCUCUACGCUGGUGGUGGGGAACAGACGGAUGGCUUCCCCUCAUGCUGCCGCCGCCGCCGCCGCCGCCGCCGCUGCGAGCGCGGCACGGUCGGGGUCGGGCGUGACGUCGGUCUCAAAUCAUGGAGACUCCGAUGUGGUUCUCGUCCAAGGCAUCAUCGUCACUUGA